GUCUACUGUAAUCUCUGAAUGUAUCGUCAAUAUUUUGAAGCCGUGUUCUGAAGGAACGGUUUUACAAAUAGCAUCAUCCUCGCCUAUACCGUAGGGGGGAUUUUGGUUCAACCCUGAUCGCUUGGUGACGUUACGCCAGUCCUUCGUCAUGGCUGCCCAACCUCCGUACUUACCUCUGAAAGAGUUCUGUCCUCUCUACUACCUGCUCAACGCGAUUCCCGCGAAAGUGCAAAAGGGCUUCCGCUCGGUCCUGGUGUACCUGACCGCUCUGGACAGCAGCAGUGACUACAUUGCAGUGGGAAGCAGUAUCGGAAUGCUGUAUUUAUACUGCAGGAGAAUAAGUCAGAUGAACAAAUACAACUUAGAGGGGAAGUCUGAGGCCAUCACUGCAGUGAAGCUGUUGAGUUGUUUUGAUGAUUUGGUGGCAGUUGGCACUGCGUCUGGUCGCGUCGCCCUCUUUCAGCUGGUCUCACAACUGCCUGGCAGAAAUAAACAGCUGAGACGCUUUGAUGUGGUCGGACUACACAAAAGCUCGGUGACAGCCUUGGCCUGGAGCGCCAACGGAAUGAAGCUUUUUUCCGGCGAUGACAAAGGGAAAGUGGUCUACUCUGCCGUGGAUUUAGACCAGGGUGUAUGUCACCCUGUGAUCUUACUGGAGGAACCCUCAGCCAUAGUACAGCUGGAGUACAGUCAGAAAGUCCUGCUGGUGUCGACGUAUCAGAGAUCUUUGCUUUUCUAUACCCAGGAGCAGGCUAUGCAGCAGCUGGGCACUAAACCCCGUAAGAUCAAUGGGAAGUUUGGUGCCUGCUUCCAGCCGGGGCUGUGCAAACAGAGCGACCUGCUGGUGUACGCGGCCCGGCCCGGGCUGCGGCUGUGGAGGACGGAUGUUCGGGGGAGGGUGGAGGAGACGCACGUUCUCAAACCCCUCUUCAACCAGAAGGUGCCUCAGUUUGAGCUGUUCCCGCGGCCCGGCCCGACGGGGGGUUACCGACCCCCCGACAGGCAGCUUGGCCUGGUGACCUGUUUCCUGAAGGAAGGUUGGAUUCUCAGCUGGAAUGAAUACAGUGUUUAUAUUGUGGACUGCACCAACCAGGUUAUAGUUGGUGGACUGGAAAGCUCAGGGGACAUAGUGUCUGUGUCGUGCACAGACAAUGAAAUCUUCAUCUUGAAGGGAGAUAGAGACAUUGUUCGCAUUUCUAACUGCCCUGAGGGAGUGACGUCCAACAUGUCAGAUCUGUCCCACCGUUUGACAUCACCUCUCUCCACGCCCACAGUUGUCCUCCCCCCUAAUGGUGCCGUGGAAACAGCCCAGCCAAUCAGAACUGUGCCCAUAAUUCUGGAGCAGGAGGUCAAACCUGAGCGUGGUUCAGAAGGAGAGGCGGAGGACGAGGUGGAGGAGUCUCAGGAGGUGCUGGAGCAGGAGCAGGAGGAGGAGGAGCGGGGCCAGCCGGCGGAGGUUUUCGGAGAGGGACAGAGGGGCAGCAUGGGUACCGGCGAGCCCCGCAGCCUUAGCAGCUCCGUCACGUCCUGGGAGAGCUCGCAGGAUAUGCUCACCACCACCACCGAGGUCACGACCUCUGACCUCUCCUCCAGCCGCUACUCCACCAUCACGCAAGAGGACUUUCAGCAGGAGCUGGUGGUCAAAGCCAUCAAGGUGAAGAAAAAGGCCAAGCGAAGGAGGCAAGAGAGCGGGAAUCGGAUGAACGAGAGGAACAGCUGGUCCGAGUGCAUGUUCAGUCAAGACGGGGCAGGAAGUGACACGGGGAGCACCCCUCUGAGCGAGCCGCCAUCUGAUCGCACCAGUCUCCUCUACAGCAGCCUGGACCUCCCUAGCACCGACUCGCCCGAACAGGAACCCGCCGUGUGUGGACAGACCCAGUCCAACGAGCCUUUCGCCUCUUUUGACCUUCCAGAACUCUCACAGAGUCAGGAGGGGGAGCAAACCGGCCCUGUUGCCGAGGCAAGGGAAACCCCUCCUCCUCCUCCUCCUCCUCCUCCACCUACGACUUGGCCCCCACAGGAAGUGGAACGUCCGUCAAAUACAGAGCAAAGCCUGGAGAGCGCGCGUGCGGAGGAGGAUACCCAGGCGGCCUCCACGCCAGACGUGGACCUGCUUCUGGAAUGUACUUUCUCCUACAUGCAGGCUGCGGAGGAGCAGGACUCCGACCCCUUGGAGAAAUUAGGGGAGGACCUCGGCUGCUCUAUCGAGGGCUUGCUGUACUCAGAACCACAGCCGAAAGAGGAGGACGAUGGUUUCGGGGAUUUCGAACUACAGCUCCCAGACUGCUCUUACGACCCCAUACGGCCACUCGGCUACUCCCCCGAGCCGGAACACACGCCCUCUAGUGACGAGGAGGAUAUCUACGCCCACGGCAUGCCCACCAGCAGCAGCCUCGGGGAGGGGCUCAGCUCCCUCACUCUGCAGGGCUCCUCCACCAAACAGCCGGAGCAUGAGGAGCUGCGCCUCCAGAAAGCCGACCAGUUGGCAGAGAGCUGGAUGGGAUACACAGGGCCUGGCUGUGGCAUCCUGAGCCUGGUGGUGACGGACAGAUACGUCUGGUGUUUGGACUUUAAAGGGGGGCUGUACUGCAGCGCUCUGCCCAAUGGAGGCCUCAGCUGGCAGAAGUUUGAAGACAACGUCCAACAGGUGGCGCUGUCUCCCUCAGGCGCACUGCUGUGGAAAGUGGAACAGAAGACGAUGACGGCUUACGCCUGCGGUAAAGUCACCAUUAAAGGCAAGAGACACUGGUACAAAGCCCUGACAGACGCCGCGUUCGUAGCCCUGAGCGAAGACACUGCCUGGAUUAUCUGUACGAACGGAGAUCUGUACUUACAGACAGGUCUGAGCGUGGACCGGCCGUGCGCGCGCUCAGUGAAGGUGGACUGCCCGUGCCCCAUGGCCCAGCUGGCGGCCAGAGGCAGUGUGGUGUGGGCUCUGAGUGAGCAGAGAGCUGUCUUUUACAGAGAGGGCAUGAGCAGUUACUGCGCCGAGGGAGAGCAGUGGCAGUACGACAAGAUCAGUGAGAGUCAGGGUCUGGAACCCAUCUGCAUCGCCCUGGGGGAGGACAACACUGUCUGGGCUCUGGACACCAGUGGGAGCCUGUGGUUCAGGACCGGAGUCACCGCCAAAAAACCCCAGGGAGAGGACCAGCACUGGUGGCAGGUGAGCAUCAGCAACUACGUGGUGUUCGACCAGGGCAGUCUGUUCCAGACACUGAUCCAGGCCACGCAGAGUGUCGCCACGGCGACCAAGGCCCCGGUGGAGCGCGUGGCGGAGUGCCUGCGCGUGGCGUUCCUUUCCCAGCAUUCCCAGUGCCAGCCGAGCCUGAUCAGCGCCACCGGCAGCGGGGUCUGGAUCGCCUCCGGACGCAACGACCUCCACGUGGCCAAGGGGAGCCUCGUCGGUACUUAUUGGAAGACGGUAGUGCCCAGAGGAACAGCAUCUGCUACCAAAUGGGCUUUCAUCUUCUCCUCGGGAGUACCAACGAAAGAGGGUAGUUUCCUUUGGAUUGGACAGAGCAGGAAAGACCUUUUCUGUAUCUGGGACCUGGAUCUUCAGAGACGUCCCACUACCGUCCAGCUGCCCCCGGAUGUGGAGAUGGUGCAGCUCUCUGCCUGCCGUGAUGCCUUGUGGGGGCUGGACCAUCACGGGCGUGUCCACAUCCGCACCCUGUCGGCCGGCUGCCCUACGGGAAUGCACUGGACUCUACUGGACCUCAGCCAGCUGGGCCACGUGAGGCUCCUCAGUCUCUCCUGCGGGAGUCAGAACGUGUGGGCUUGUGAUGCCAACGGAAUGGUGUAUUUCCGGGUCGGAACGCAACCACUGAAUCCCAGCAUGAUGCUCCCGGCCUGGAUCUGCAUUGAACCGCCAGAACAGCCUGUCGGAGUUCAUUUGGUUAGAGUUCACACCAGUCCCAACGACCGCAUGCUAUGGGCCCUGGACAGCCGAGGAAACGUGCUCGUGCGCACCGGGAUCACCGAGGAGAUGCCCGUCGGAACAAACUGGGAACACAUCCCAGGACUUCAGGCGAGUCAGCUGGUUCUGAGUGUGAGGACAGUCUGGGUGCGCUGUCCUAAUGGGGAGGUGGCCCGUCGCUAUGGUAUCACUGAUAAGAACCCAGCAGGCGACUACUGGAAGAAAGUCCCUGGUCUGGUCAGCUGGCUGGCGGUGACUCCCAUGGAUGAACUGUGGGCUGUGACGCCGGCCGGGGGAAUAACCCAGCGUCUCACCAAGACCCUGCUGCCCAGUGCCUCCAAAUCGCAUGUCAACACAGGCUCUCUCAGUGGAGAGGACCUGGAGGAGGAGUGGGAGGUGAUUUAAAUUCUAAGCCACGCCCAGUGGGCGGUGAUUGAAGCC